AUGCGCAGUGUGCCACUAACACGGUCUUUUUGCUAUCUGUUCGUCGCAGGCAUUCCAUGCCGGUACAUCACACCCGUUGAAGGUUUCUCCUCGUACGCGAAAGUGCAUCUCGCCGGGGGCUGUUAUGAUGUUAAGUGCACCAAUUCGUGGCUGAUCCACUACGCCGUAGAUGUGGCAAGGAAUGAAGAUGCCAGCAUCAUUUUGGUCGGUCUAGAUCUGUCCAUUGAGGCCGAUAGCAGGGAUCGGACGGAUCUCCUCCUUCCAGGUUACCAAACAGAGCUGAUCAACAAAGUCACCGAAGCCGCUGCUGGCCCAGUCGUUCUCGUGAUCUCUCUGCAGGAGGUGUGGACAUCUCCUUCGCUAAGAACAAUCCCAAGAUCAAGGCCAUCUUGUGGACAGGCGAUCGUAGACUUUGUUUAUGAAAAAUACAAUCCCGGUGGGAGACUACCACUUACAUGGUACAACGCAGACUACGUAGACCAACUGCCCAUAACAUCCAUCAGACUCAGGCCAGUUGAUGAACUGGGCUACCCUGGCCGAACCUACAAAUUCUACAAUGGUUCGACGGUCUACCCAUUCGGUUACGGCCUCAGCUACACUCGGUUCAACUACAACCUACACUGCGACUCCCAAAAUUCCAUCAUCCAGAUACUGGGCCCACAUCAGCAUUGCCAUGACAUGCUCUACACGCCUAGCACGGACGCACCACCAUGGGCUGUCCUGAUCGAUGAUCUAGAUUGCAACCCCAACGUCGAAAUCGAUUUUGAGGUGAACAAUAUCGGUGAUGUGGAUGGGACCCACGUCGUGUUGAUAUACACACAGCCACCCAAGAACUACGUGGGCUUGCCGUUGAAACAGCUGGCACCAUUCGAGAGAGUGUUCGUAAAUGCCGGCGAGACUCGGAAGAGGAAGCUUUCUCUGAACGUGUGUAAGAGCUUCGCUGUUGUAUCGCACACGUUCCUCUCCACGUGGACUUUUUGUAUUAGGAGGUUGGUUUGGAGAGAAUGA